AUGGGUAGUGUGCUAUUAGAAUUGAGAUAUGAUCAUCUUAAAUUGUUGGAAACAGGAGAAUAUGCGGAUGUUAUCAUAUAUACAGGACAAGAACCAGAUAAUGAAGAAUUCUAUCAAGAUCAACAUAUUUUAAAGACGCAAAUGAUUGGGCAAAAACCCAAGGAAAUUUAA